GAAUAUCCCCCAAACCUGUUGGUUUAAGCACAUUGAGAAAACGCUUCGUCUUCAAGCUUUUCCCUCCACUCUCUGUCCUGCCCCACAGUUUUUCUUUCUGCAACUUCAAAUCUCUGAUUCUACCUGCUGGGAUACGCCGAGUUUGCUUCUUCUCAACUGGGUUCCCUUGAUUUUUUUGUGCAAACAUGGACAUGAUUCAAGAAGAACAGCAACAUGAACGAGACCGAGACCAGGACGAAGAAGCCUCAGCAGCCGAUCUCGGAAUUGACGGCGGAGAAGAAUCCGACCCAGAAGACCCCGCUGACCCCUCUCGGGCUCUCGCGCUGCCGCCGAAGCAGGAGCAAGACGUACCAAUGACGGUGGCGGUGCACGCGCCCAGGAGAGCGUCGACCAAGGACCGACACACGAAGGUUGAGGGCCGGGGACGGAGGAUCCGAAUGCCUGCCACGUGCGCGGCUCGGAUCUUCCAGCUGACCCGGGAGCUCGGGCACAAGUCCGAUGGGGACACAAUACAGUGGCUUCUGGAGCACGCCGAGCCGGCUAUCAUCGCCGCCACAGGCACCGGAACGGUGCCGGCGAUUGCUAUAUCCGUGAACGGGUCGCUUAAAAUCCCCACUGACGUGAGACCCGGGGACGACCCUCCCGACCAGAAGAAACGCAAGCGCAACUCCAACAGCGAGUACGUGGACUUAAACGACGGCGUCUCAGUGUCGGCGGGUUUAGCCCCUUUAACAACGGAAGGACGACGACAACCACCAGCACCACAACCACCGACAACAGCUGUACAAGCGGUGGCGCCUCAAGGCAUGGUCCCCAUGUGGGCCAUACCGUCAAACACCGUCGUUCCGGGAGCUUUCUUCAUGGUCCCCUCGAUGACCCAACCUCACAUAUUUACGUUUCCAACCACUCUCCCCGCCGCUCCUUUCAUCAACAUCUCGGCCAGACCCAUAUCCUCCUUCGUUGGUCCCAGUUCGGCGGCUCCGGCCACCGCAACGAGCAGUGGCGGCGGCACUCAGACGCUGAGGGACUUCUCGCUGGAAAUUUUCGACAAAAAGGAGCUACAAUUCAUGUCUGGCUCUUCAAAUCACUGACGGCGGAGCAAAACCCAGAAACCCAUCGUCCGCGGUUUCGGAUUUUGGCGGCGGAGGGCGCUGGGUUUUGCCUUUGGGUGGGAAAGGGGAAGCACGUGGUCACGUGAGGGGAGGGUUUUAAGGCGAGGCAUGUGUGAAGUGGGGUUGGAUUAGGCGGAGGUGGGGACCACAAUUGUGGACCGUGGAACGGGGUAGGAGAUGGGUGAGAGUAAGGGUUUGUAAUUGUAUGGUGUAAUCUGCGGGGGUCCUACUCCAUCUCACUGUCCAUGUGAUGGUGGGAGCGGGGCCCAAGUUCAAAAGCACCAUUACCAAGGCGGCCUUCGCGUGGAGUGGUCCCAGCGGGAGGGUUGGAUGGGUCCGUGGGGUAAGUUGACACGUGUCUGAUGGGUAGGUGCCCGGUUGUUGUGGGGGUCCGCUUGGUGUUUUUACCUAUUUCCUUUGUUAUUUUAUUUAUUGUAAUAAAAUAAUGGUUUAGGGUUUGUGGUUGUGGAUGUGGUUGUGGUCGUGCACAAAUGGAAAGGUGACGGUGAUGAGGGGAUGAAGAUGGGCGCAUUAGAUGCAAAAACCCCAACUUGGUGAAGAGAAAUGUAAAUGUAGCGUACGGCAUUAUUCAGUGUUUGACCUAAUUUUAACUUUCCCACUUGUGUGUUUUCUUUUA